AUCACAUCGACCAACAAGGCUACCCAUCUCAUCACCACCAUGGCCAGGGUCAUCUUCUACGAGGACAAGAACUUCACGGGCCGCUCCUAUGAGUGCAGCAGUGACUGUUCCGACAUGUCCUCCUACCUGAGCCGCUGCCACUCAUGCAGGGUGGAAGGCGGCUGCUGGAUGGUGUACGAUCGCCCCAACUUCAUGGGAAACCAGUACUUCAUCAAGAGGGGCGAGUACCCUGACUACAUGAGCACCUGGGGCUGGGGCAACAACUGCAUCAGGUCCUGCCGCAUGAUCCCCAUGCACAGGGGCUCCUACAGAAUGAGGAUCUAUGAGAGGGAGAACUUCAUGGGUCAGAUGAUGGACGUGACUGACGACUGCGACUCCAUCAUGGAUCGUUACCGCUGGUCCGGCGGUUGCCACUCGUGCCACGUGAUGGACGGCCACUGGCUCAUGUACGAGCAUCCCCACUACAGAGGCAAGAUGUGGUACUUCAGGCCCGGAGAGUACCGCAGCUUCAGGGACUACGGCAACAUGAACUUCAUGAGCAUGAGACGCAUCAUGGAUUCCUGGUAUUAAAUCAAAAAAAUCCUGUGAAAUCAUGUGAAAAUCGCAAGCAAUUCUGAAUUUAAAAAAAAAUAAAAUGUCACAAGAAUAAAUAAGCAGUGUGUCUUCUUUUUCGUGCCAAACUCCGGUGGUUUCAUCACCAUCACUCUGAAAAGUUUCUUCGUUACUAACGUCAAGGCUAAACACAAAACGUUCCCGGUCGGAAACUGUCAAUCACGUGCACUCUCUAUUCCUAUUUUCUAACACGGCUCCCA